AUGUUCUCGCUUCGAAGCCUCACUAGCUUCGUCGCUCUUCCACCGCGGUCUAAGCCGUCGCCGACUUUGCGUCGUCGAUCAGUUCGUUGCCGUCUGACGGAGGCGGCAAGUUUUGCGCCUCUUGAUGUAGUCUCCGGAGAGUCGGAACGAGCGAUUGCUAGCUUGACUGAGCUUCAAAAUGGCGGUGGCUGGAAGACUCCUGAAGAGGAGUUUCCCUCUGCGAAAGAUGGCGGCGAGGGACGUGAAGGCGGAGCUGGAGAUGACGAAUCGGAGGAAGAAGAGGGGAUUUCCAGUAUACAUGUUCCUCGUGAGAAAUACAUCAGUGUCUCGAAAUCUGACCUCGUUGACGGCAUCGUAACGACGCUUCUCGAUUCCAAAGACGGAGACGCUGAUAUCUUUCUCCUCCUUGCCUCGUGCUUGGACUCUAUCCUUCACGCGGAGCACAAGAGGAUUUUAGAGCAAAUGAGAGCCGAUUUCGUCGCCACUCAAUCUCUGGAAGAAGUAAACAUUGGUGGUGACGAAGAAAGCUCUACUUCUUCAGGUAGAGAAACUGACUCAGAGGAGGAAGUUAAUUCGAAAGCCAAGAAAUCUGAACCCAGGAGUGUUAAUGGAUACGAGGGUUUAUCAAUCCCUUUGGCUGAUGGUUUCGACAUUUGGAACUUUCUGAUUUCCUCCGGCAAACAUGCAAAGAGACGUUCAGCUGAAAGUGUUAAUGCUGCGACGCGGUUCCAGCGUUCCUUCAUUCAGCUUCUCGACAAUGCCGGUUUUGAAGAGCUUUCAGCUAGAGAUUUGGCACUGACGUCGGCUCUCAACACUGAUUACCUUCUUACUUUGCCUGUCUACGUUGACUGGAAGAAGACAUCGGAGUCCAAUGCUAUUGUUUUCAGGCGUGGAUAUGCAACUGAGAAGCAGAAGGGUUUGUUGCUUGUGGAGAAGCUAGACUAUAUUCAGUCUAUAGUUCUACGAAGAACCUUCUCUACCAUCUCAAAACCCCUGAGGAAAGUUGGGAAAUUGAUAAACAAGGCAUUAAAUGAGGCUUCUCAAACUCAAGAAAUUCAAGAUUUGUCAGAGAGAAUGAAAGGAGAUCCGUUCAGAUUCAGUCCUCCCAUGCGAUUAGCAGCACAAAGAGCAGUCAGUCGGCCGAUUUUCUUAUCAAGGAUGACGCUAGCUGAUAUAUGGAAACCUGCUUCAAAGAAAGCUUGCGUAAAUGAUAUCUGGAAAAGGUUAAAAACUUCGAUUUCCAUUCUUUUCUCACCGUCAACACUGCAGGAGCCUGCAUUUGAAGAACUAAUCUUGCUUUACACCAAGGAUGCGAAUGAAAAGGGCGAUACAAAUAAAGAUGAAACCCGAUCAUCAUUACAAUUGGAGAUAUUUGAAAGAAUCCCAAUUCCAGAUUUACCUGUAAUUUUCCCUCACAGGAAGCUUUAUAGAUACAGUAAGUGCGGUUUCAUUGUGCACUCAAUUUUACUGAUCUUGUAUCUGUUGACCCAAUACUCUGAGUCUAUUAUUGUUAGAUCAGCACUAUUUCUUGAUGUGAUCGCCGUCGCUGCCUUGGUAAUCUACGCAACACGUGUGGUUUUGGGUUACAAGCAGACAUGGGUUAGAUAUCAAUACAAGGAGGCUAUAUUGACAUAUGCAAUUGCUAUACAAGCAGGAAAGAAUCAGGUUGAGAUGCGAGUAGAAAAGGCUAUAAGCACGUUGGUGAGACUAGGUCUAGUAACAGAGACACUCAUAGAUGGCGACACCAAGCUACAGGCUGUUCCUUGUGCUCAGGCUUAUGUUUCUCUUAAAGAACUGUGGAACAGUCUGCUUGGUUGA